AUGGAGGAUUUUGAGAAGAGUCUGGGAAUCGGUGGUAGCAAUUCCAAAGAGAAGCCGUCGUCUACCCUGACUGAGUCAGAUGGGAAAACUAAUUCUUCAGGGAAUUCGGGAAGCCGCGGGGAUGGAAAGCCGGAAGAUUCGAAAUCGCACGGCGAGGAUGCGGAGGAGGAGGUAGAGGAGAAAGAGACGGUCCAGAUGCUCGCUGACGGAGAUGCGGACGGGAUUCCGAUUCUGAUUGGCGUGAAGGAGCCGAAGGAGGCUAAGAGUAAGAAAGCUGAGGAGGAAUCGAAGAAGGCAUCUGGGGAAGGCGGGGGGAAAGACGACAAGGAGAAGGAGAAGGGGAAGGAUAAGGGUGAGGAGAAGCGAGAGGAGAAGGGAAAAUCCGGAGGAAAGGAGGGAGCCGUGGGAGCAGGGACAGGAGACGGAAAAGCAGGGAAAGAGAGCGCGAGCGCGGCGGAUGAUAAUCCGGAUCAGUACGAAGGGGAGGAGGGCGAUAGCGCGCAGAAGAAAGCGAAAGGCGGCGGGAAAAAAGGCGGCAAAGGCGAGAACGUGGGAGAGAUGAUGGAGAAGAUUCUAGAGAGACUGGAUGAUAUGGAGGGCGAGGGGGGGAAGUUCAACGAAACCCUAGAAAAGCAGGAGGCGGUUUUGGAGACGGUGGCGCGGGUGGGGAAGCACCACGUGCACGAGAAGGAGGAGAAGGAGCGCGAGGAACGGGAGAAGCAGGAGGAGGAGGAGGCAGAGAGGGAAGCGGAGCUGAAGGCGAAGCAGGAGGCGGAAGCAGCUGCGGCUGCGGUGAAGAACAGCUGGGACGGAGGGGUGACCAGCGGUGGAGAGCGGUCGUUUUUCGAUAUUCUCCUGGGGAUAGACGCUGCACCGCCUCCUCCUCCCCCGCCGCGCCCCACUCCUAAGAACGUCACUAAAGCGUCGGCUAGAAACGAGACCAAGAAAGAGCAGGAGGCGGAGCAGGAAGACGAGAAGGACGUUCCUAGGCUGAUAGACUCCCAGGAUAACGAAUACGUUAUAAGCAGCCCCGGUAAGGGGUCCAAGAUGCAGCUACAGGAGGAUUUCACCCUCAUUUCGGACAUCGUGAAGGUGAUAGUGGCGGCGGCGCUGGGGGGGCUGGCGUGUGGGCUGAUGGGGCAGCCCAUCAUCCUGGGGUACAUCGUUGCUGGCAUGGCCAUUGGCCCAGGCGGGCUGGGGCUUAUCCACGAGCUCGUACAGGUGGAAACCCUAGCGCAGUUUGGAGUGGUCUUUCUCCUGUUCGCCCUGGGAGUGGAGUUCAGCCUGGCCAAGAUGCAGGGGGUGCACAACGUGGCGCUGGGCGGCGGAGUGCUGCAGAUCGCUAUCGCCAUGAUUCUGGGCGGCAUCUUCAGCUCCAACACGCCGCAGGGGCUCUUCAUUGGCGGCUUCCUCUCAAUGUCAUCCACAGCGGUGGUGCUCAAGUGCCUGGUGGACAUCAACGGCUUCAACUCCGAGCACGGCCAGAUCAUGCUCGGGACGCUCAUAGCACAGGACUGCGCCCUCGGUCUCCUCCUCGCAAUAAUGCCGGCACUCGCCGCCCGCCCCGCGUCGGCCUCGGCCAUUCUCCUCGCCCUGGUGCGCGAGCUGCUCAUCCUGCUCGCCUUCUGCCUCGUUGCCUGGGCGCUCUCGCGCCUGCUCGUGCCGCGCUUCCUGCGCCUGCUCGUGCGCGUGUCCCGAGGCAACAACGAGCUGUACCAGCUGGGCAUCAUGGGCAACUGCCUCUGUGUCGCGCUCUUGUCGGAGUAUCUCGGGCUGUCGCUUGAAGUCGGGGCUUUUGUUGCUGGCCUCAUGCUCUCAGGUGGCACCUACAGCGAGCGCACCCUACAUCAGGUGGAGCCGGUGCGCAACAUGUUUGCAGCGCUCUUCCUCGCGUCCAUAGGCAUGGUGAUGCACCCCAUGUUCCUCUGGCAACACAAGGACAUUCUCCUGCUCGCCCUCGCCGUCGUCUUCCUGGGGAAAACGCUCCUUGUUGCCCUCGUGGUCCGUGGCUUUGGCUACAGCACAGGCACGGCAGCAGCGGUGGGCAUAGCUUUGGCCCAAAUCGGCGAGUUCUCGUUCGUGCUGCUGUCGCGAGCGCAAACCCUGAAGCUGGUGGGGCACAAGCUGUACCUGCUGCUCAUGGGCACCACCGCGCUCUCCCUCGUCCUCACACCCUUCGCCUUCAAGCUCGUGCCGCGCCUCGCUGCCAUUGGCGCCCACCAGGACCGCGCUCGGCUGUUGCUGAAGAACAAGACAUUACGGCACGGCGACAGCAGCCCACGACUCCCUCAGACCUAG